AUGGAUAGGUACCAGAAGGUUCAGAAACCCAAACCAGAGUCUCCCAUCAACGAAAAUGAGAUCCGAAUCACCACUCAAGGCGCCAUUCGGAACUACAUCACUUAUGCAACUUCGCUUCUUCAGGAAAAGCAGGUUAAAGAGAUUGUCUUGAAGGCAAUGGGUCAAGCCAUCAGCAAGACAGUUGCCAUUUCAGAGAUUCUGAAGAAGAGAAUUGCUCAUUUGCACCAAGAUACUGCCAUCAGCUCGGUUAGCAUAACAGAUGUGUGGGAGCCCAUUGAAGAGGGUCUUGUACCUGUGGAAAUGACCAGACAUGUCUCUAUGAUCUCAAUCACCUUAUCAACCGGAGAAUUAGACAAGAAUUCCCCUGGGUAUCAAACUCCAUCUAACGUGGAACAACCAAAGCCACACUCUAAUUACCAGCAGCAAUCUAUAAAACCAGCACAAGAUUCAUAUAAUGCUGUAAAUGAAGACUCGUAUGGCCGAGGUCGUGGUCGAGGUAGGGGGAGAGGAAGAGGAAGAAAUUGGGGAAGGGGUGGUUAUGGAAGUUAUCAAGGUGGUUAUGGAAAUUAUCAAGGUGGUUAUGACUAUUACCAAGGUGGAUAUGCAAAUUAUCAAGAUAAUGGUGGAUAUUCUAAUCGUGGCCGAGGUGGAGGUCGAGGAAGAGGUUGGGGGUAUCGUGGUACUGGUUAUGGUGGUGGCAGAGGCGGAGGCUAUGAAGGCGGCAGAGGCGGAGGCUAUGAAGGUGGCAGGGGCGGAGGUUAUGAUGGCGGCAGGGGCGGAGGUUAUGAUGGCGGCAGGGGCGGAGGUUAUGAUGGCGGCAGGGGCGGAGGCUAUGAGGGAGGCCGGGGCGGAGGCUAUGAAGGAGGCCGGGGCGGAGGCUAUGACGGUGGCAGGGGUGGAGGUUAUGAAGCCGGCAGAGGUAUGGGUUAUGUAGGAGGCAGAGGUGGAGGAAUGGGUUAUGAAGGAGGCAGAGGUGGAGGUAUGGGUUAUGAAAGAGGUAGAGGUGGAGGCAGGGGAUAUGGCCGUGGUAGGGGAAGAAUUGGUGGACGUGGUAGGGGGGGUGGCGACAACCAAGCAUAA